AUGGAUAAAGGCGAAUUGAAAACAUUCCUUACUAUUCACAUCAGAGAAGGUGCAUGGCAAGUGGUGCUGCUGUUUAUGGAUGAGCUCCCUAAAUAUAAACUACCAUGGGACUGGUGUGGUAUAAUUCUUAUCAAGGACGAGGACGAGGAGGUAUCUAAUGAAGUGAUAUACAGUUCGACGUCAGGCAUAUUGAAUGGGUGGCCAACACAUUACGACCCUAGUUUGGUAACACUGUGUAAAGCGAUCACCAACAAGGACUGGAAAGUAACCAGAUUAAUUCUCUCUCUGAGUCGGAUACCUGAUGAAGGUUUGAAGAACUUGAGUACAGCGCUUACUCAGAGUGAACUUUACAGCUUGACACUGUAUGACAUUGGUUUACAAAGUCAAGGAUUGGAACACCUGUGUAACGCGCUAACCAGCGUUAAUUGCAGAUUAACAAACUUAAAUGUCAGUAACAAUCAGUUGGGAGACAACGGAUUGAAACACUUGUGUGAUGCAUUGACCAGCAGUAACUGUGCUUUAACCAAGUUAAUA